AAAAGUGAUCAACAUGUGCGGGAUCAUAGAAAAGAUGGCUAGCCUAGGAAUUUGUCCGUCUCGAAUAAUGUUAUAUAUAUCAAAGUAACUAGUUAAUACUUACUAAUGGUAUUUAAUGGUCUCAAAAUUAGGUGCAACAGAGCUAGAUAACGUCCAAAACUGGUGAGGACCAAUAAUAGAAAACGACAAAAGUAGGGUUUUAAACACUUUCAACAGCGCACUGACAUUUCAUCUCCGUAUGUAUUUUCUUGAAAAUCUCAGUUUCGCCUUGAGCUCUUCAGUUUUCUCUCUAAUGGCUAUGAUAAGCUUACUUGAAAUCUCAGUUUCUUUCCUUUGUUUCUCCUACUUCUUUGGAUAUUUCUUGAUUAUGAAGAAACCUCACCGUUCGUUUCCCACGAACUGGCCAUUCCUCGGUAUGCUCCCGGGCCUACUCGUAGAGAUCCCUCGUGUGUACGACUAUGUAACCGAGUUUCUCGAGGCCUCCAACUUAACUUUUCCUUUCAAAGGCCCACGUUUCGGAGGCCUCGACAUGCUGUUCACCGUAGAUCCGGCUAAUAUUCAUCAUAUCAUGAGCUCAAACUUCGCAAACUACCCUAAAGGAUCCGAGUUCAAGAAGCUCUUCGAUGUCUUAGGAGAUGGGAUUUUCAACGCGGAUUCAGAUUUAUGGAAGGAUCUGAGGAAGUCAGCUCAAAGCAUGAUGAGUCGUCCGGAGUUUCAAAGGUUUACACUAAGAACAAACAUGAGUAAGCUAGAGAAAGGUCUUGUCCCCAUUCUUGAUCACUUUGCUGAGAAGAAACUAGUCUUUGAUUUACAGGAUGUGUUCCAAAGAUUCACCUUCGACACUACGUUUGUUUUAGCGACCGGGAUCGAUCCAGGUUGUCUCUCGAUCGAAAUGCCUGAAAUCGAGUUUGCUAAGGCUUUAGAUGAAGCAGAGGAAGCUAUAUUUUUCAGGCAUUUCAAGCCGGAGAUUGUUUGGAAGAUGCAAAGGUUGCUUGGGUUUGGAGAUGAGUUGAAGAUGAGUAUAGCUCACUCGACUUUUGAUCGAGUUUGCUCCAAGUGCAUAGCUUCAAAGAGAGAUGAAAUAACACGCGGAGUUACUAGCAUAGACUCUUCUUCUAAAGAUUUGUUGAUGUCUUACAUGGACGUAGACACCACCAAGUACAAGUUGUUGAAUCCGGGUGACGACAAGUUCCUCAGAGACAUGAUUUUAAGCUUCAUGUUAGCGGGGAGAGACACCACAGGCUCUGCUCUCACUUGGUUCUUCUGGCUUCUCUCCAAGAAUCCAGAAGUAACGACCAAGAUUCGUCAAGAAAUCAACACAAAACUAUCUCCAAGAACCGAUAAUGAUCCUGUUCAUUUCUCUUCGUUCAAUCCCCAAGAACUAAACAAGUUGGUGUAUCUACAUGGCGCCUUGUGUGAAGCCCUCAGGCUAUACCCACCGGUUCCGUUUCAGCACAAGUCUCCUACAAAACCCGACGUUCUUCCGAGCGGACACAGAGUCGAUCCAAGUACGAAGAUUGUGUUUUGUCUGUACUCACUAGGGAGAAUGAAAUCGGUAUGGGGAGAAGAUGCAUCAGAGUUUAAACCAGAGAGAUGGAUUUCGGAAACUGGAAGGUUGAUACAUGUGCCAUCUUUUAAGUUCUUGUCGUUUAAUGCUGGUCCAAGGACUUGUUUGGGGAAAGAAGUGGCUAUGACGCAGAUGAAGACAGUGGCUGUGAAAAUCAUUCAAAACUAUGAGGUAAAGAUCGUUGAAGGACACAAGAUUGAGCCAGUUCCUUCUAUUAUUCUUCACAUGAAACAAGGCCUUAGAGUCAUGGUCACUAAGAGAUGUAAUUUGGUCUGAACGUUAUGCAAUACUUUUGUAGUAUAUAGUAUGGCAACAAUUAUUUAAGUUCUAUAUAAUGUUGUGACUCGUUAUUAAAAAUGAAUUAUUUUGAGAUAUAUUCUAUUUUUAGUUAGAU